AUGCAAUUCACACUUGAGACCAGAGAGGAAGAUAAAGCUGCUGGUGGGAAGAAGAAAAGGAAGGAAAGGGUCAAGAAGACCAUUGCCAGAGUGAUUGGAAGACCAUCCAUGAUGAGGGAUGAGGAAGAAGAAGAGGAGGAGGAAGAGCCAGUUGCACCGCCUACCAAGUCACCGAAAUUGAUGGCUGAUGCCAUCAAGACUCGUGUUGCUCCUUCCAAGCCCAAGCCUACAGCUCCAGCUCAAGCACCCAAGUCAUCUGCCCCAAAGAGAUAA